AUGAAUCGAACCACCGAGGAGAUGGGGGAUUCGAGGGUGAUUAUGAAAGAGGAGAAACCAGUCCAGCGUCCUCCAGCGAUGACGGCAGUUUCAAGCUCACGCGUCGGCAAUGUGACAGGGCGGUUGAUCUCCGGCUUGCGGGCGGAUCAGGAAUGUCACUUGCUCAGGGAGGUGGAAGGAUGGGAGGGACAAGGGAGCACCACUGGUGACGGAUUGAGGAAUCUUCGGUCCUUGCACAGUGUCCCUCAGGAGCACAGGAAAGGCGAAGGGAGAAGAGAGGUGAUGAAGAGGCGAGAAGAAAGAACAAGAGAGAGGAAGAGAGAGGAAGAGAAGGGGGGGUGGAUGAUGAGAUCUGAUGCCCGAUCCAGGAUGAUUUCUUGA